CCAGAUCAGCUGGAGGCGUGCUGAGAUCCUGGGCCUUUUCAAGGAAGGGUUCCGGGGGUGGUAUAAAAAGGCUUCUAAGAGGGGGUUUGGAGUGUCUUCGGAGGGCGUUGAGGAUUCAGUCGGGUCUGUCUGGGGGCCACGGAGAUGGGGUCCCAACGUGGGUUUUGCUGGAGGACAGCGUGUGCGACGGGGCGAGCCCCGCUGUGCGCUCCGGUCCUCCUGUGUCUGUUUCUCGGCGGCUGCUCUGCGAGCACCGAGCCCGGCGAAGUGUGCCGGCUUUGGACAUACGCGCCGGAGCCCUCAGCGGACGCUUUCCAGUGUCCGAAGCAGCUCGACGGGGCGGACGCGAAGUUCUGCUGCGGGACCUGCCAGUUGCCCUACUGCUGUUCGUCUGGGGAGGCCCGGCUCGACCAGCGGCACUGCUACCUGGAUGCUCAGCUGAAGGGGCGCGUUGGCACUUCCACUCUCCAGCCGCCGAGAUCCCGGCCUGUGGCUGCGAAAAGCGAACUAUUGAUGGUUCUAGUAUUGGUCCUUUUUGCCAUUGGUGGCUGUACGUGCUUCUGCCUUCCUGGAAUCAUUGACUUGCUGAGAUUCCGGAACUGUUGGAGAUGCUGCCGUGGGGAACAGGAGCAAAUGGUGGUGGAGGAAUUUGAUCAUUGUGGUUGUUGUCGAAGACUACUGGGACAGACUCGCCUCUCCACUGACCCGCCUUACAGCUCUGGUGCCCAUAUCUGCAAGGUUCCCCCAGCCAAUAGCAUUCAGGAGCAUAGAGGAUCCUCGGUCCAGCUAUGCCAUUCAGAUGCUGAAGAUGAGGAUGAGGUGACCAUCUUUUCUCGAGCAGCCCGUCCAGCGAGAAGAGUUCAAGGUCUUACUUUGGAAACCAUCUGGGAAGUGGACUCCUUAGAGACCAUGGUGACCAUAGAACCCACCUCUCAUGAAGAGGAAGAGUCUGCCAAAGCAAAACUCCAGACUUUGUAGUCGUGACUCGUGGUCUGCUUUUUAGGAUCAAGGAAGCAAAUGCACCUUAUUAUGCUUUCAUGUGUGUGUAUUAAAUUGACUUUAUUUUAAAUGUACUUGCCCAAAGUGGCCAGUCUUCUUGGACAAGACACUGGCAUUGCAUGGUGAGAACUCGUGUUGGCAUGUGUUGAAGUACAAUUCACAUCAACCCUGCCACAGUAAAUUGUGAGGGCCUUCUGAAACCUAGAACAAACCAUGCCUUUGUGUACUCCAUAUAGCAUCAACUUGCUGUACAGGUAAGGCAUGCAUCCCUGCCAGUCAAUACAGAAUUUUAGGGGGGACCCAUCUUGGAGGUAAAAGACUUGCAUCCCAAGGAGUUAGUGUGUUAGUCUCUCAAGGGGACAAGAGUUAAGCUGAGAGAACGAAACAUUAACUUGUCAGCUGGCCUUGAUCAUCAUCAUGUGGCCUUAAAAUACAAAUUCACUGUUGAUGCAACCCACCCUCCUUCUAAAAUGGUACUUGAAGCAUCUUCUCUUCUUCUGAAUUAGAAGGCGCUGUCUCUAAAGGAAAAGAGCAUGCCUGUGUAUGCAAUGGCUUGUGCUAUGCCCAAAACACGAGCAAGAGAGAAUAGAUGGUAGGGCCUUGACAAAGGUGUGUGGACAGGCACACUCUAUGUCUUUCUAUGGACAGUGCUAGUUCAGUGCUGGCAACUUAACAGCUCAAUAGAUAUCAUGGAAAAGGCAAAGCAUAGAAAAGGUCUGUUCCAACAUCAGCCCUCCUGCAGAUGUUGGCCUACAGCUCCCAUAAUCUCUGGCUAUUGGCCACUAUGACUGGGGAUUAUGGGGGUUGUAGUCCAAAAACAUCUGGAGGGGCCAAAGUUGAGCAGGCUUGGCAUAGAGGCUCUCCCCAAACUCCUUCGACACUUCCUGAGAAGAUGUGAAACAGAGUUGUUGAAAUGCCCUGUGAAAAACUCAGGUAGGCAACACCUUGGUGAACGUACUUUGGGUCAACAAAUGGUUCUGUUUGUGACCAUGUGUCUAAGCCAGAGUAAUUAGGUAAUCUGCACAGAGCAAGGAAUUUUAAAUGUGAGAACUCUACGACCACUUAUUUGUGUUAACACUGGAGAGGUGAAACCAAAGGAGCCAGCUACGGGUUCUUCCUGAAUCGAAUACCUUUGGGAUGCACAAAGACACUUGGAAAUUGCAUGCUUCUGAAUGUACCAUAUCCGCAAUAAAAACAAGUAGUGUGUUUUAAUCUUC